UACUCGGGCUCCAGGGUAGGCUGCACCCAUCCUGCGGACAGCGUCGUCCGGUGCUCUGCUGUGGUGAAGCUUUCCGGGAUCUUCCAGGGCCGCCAUGGCAGAGCCCCAACCGGCGGCCGGCGGCCUCACCGACGAGGUCGCCCUCAGCUACUGCUCUGACGCGGACCCCAGCACCAAGGAUUUUCUAUUGCAGCAAACGAUGCUAAGGAUUAAGGAUCCUAAGAAGUCACUGGAUUUUUAUACUAGAAUUCUUGGACUGACGCUGCUCCAAAAGUUUGAUUUUCCUAGUAUGAAAUUUUCACUCUAUUUCUUGGCUUAUGAGGAUAAGAACGACAUCCCCAAAGACAAGAAUGAGAGAACAGCAUGGACGUUUUCCAGAAAAGCUGCGCUCGAGCUCACACACAACUGGGGCACAGAAGAUGAUGAGACCCAGAGUUACCACAACGGCAACUCAGACCCUCGGGGAUUUGGUCACAUUGGAAUUGCGGUUCCUGAUGUAUAUGGUGCCUGUAAAAGAUUUGAAGAGCUGGGAGUUAAGUUUGUGAAGAAACCUGAUGAAGGUAAAAUGAAAGGUCUGGCAUUUAUUCAAGAUCCUGAUGGCUACUGGAUCGAAAUUUUGAAUCCUAACCAAACAGCAGAGAUUAUUUCGCUGUGAGAAUGCUCCCUUGAGGUGUCAGUGAAGAUGGGAUGGAACCGUGUGGCUUGGGUGCUCAGACACCAGAAGCCUCGAGCACUGUUGUAAUACAGUCCCAGUUCCCAUUAUCCGGAAGUCCAUUUCCCUUUCCUACUUAGCUGUGUGGUUUUUGUUUUUCUGUUUUUAAUUUCCCUGCACCUGUAUAGCUAACCUGAUUUUGAAGUAGCACUUUAUCUUGUGACCUUGACUGUCGCAGUGCAGCUUUACCCUUCAGGUAGUAAUGGGAGCAGUUCCCUCAGAGGCUGCGUUUGCUGCCUUCUGUCUCUUAAAUACGUCUCUUCAAGUCUGCUUUUGAUUCAUCAGUUAAAUUUCUUUUUAAACUUUUUUCUUUGUGUCCAUUACCUUCUGGGGUUUUGAUUCCUCAGAAAUAACUUUUCACAAUGGAAAAUAAAGAACACUGAACAGAAAUGAAACUUUUUGUGUACUUCAAACAGCAUAAAGUGUUUAUUUUACAAAAGAGAAGGUGCUCUUUGAGAGCAAUUCAGAAUCAUGCUGACAAGGAUACUGAUAGAAAUACUAAUUUUUUGUACGUAUAAAAAUACUUUCCAAGUUCAAGGACUAGCUUACUUCUUUGGGAAUGUGGGAGAGGGAUUCAUAUGGCUGGGUGCUGAGACAGUGGAUAGGCUGGAGCACACUGUCACUUUUACUACAGUUACCCUGUAAGAAAGAAAGCAGCUCGUCAUAAAAUGACCUUUUGGCCUGAAGGCAGCAUGGAGAGGGUGAGUGCUCAGGAUGUCAUCAUGCUUUGUGUUUAGAUUAGUCCUCAGGAUACUGUCCUGCUGUGAAGCCUGCAGUGAGGUUGGUCUGUGCCCUUUACUGAAGCUGGAACAGAGACAACCUGGGGAAGUGUAGAUGAUGCUUACAUUACUCAUGCAGAGCCUUCCCUACCCCAGGGUCUUCUUGAUGCUUGUAAUCAUUUAUGGUAAAUAAUGUUCAGUGGUAACUCAGAUAGCAUACCUUAACUUGGUGGUCCUCCUUGACUGACAUUUGAUGGGUCUUAAGGAGAUGAUUUUGAGCAUCUCUUGUGACUCAGAGAAUUAAAACAUCCAGUUUGAAAUCAAACUACAUUCAAAUUUUCUGUAGGCUCUAGUAGAAGACCUUAGGAUAGGUGAUGCCAAAUGUUCGUAAACCACUAGAAGCGCUUCAUAUUUUCUUUUUGGAUGAAUUGGAUUUAUGUGAGCAGUUUAAACAAAUCAUAGACUGAAAUAAAAAUUUAAAUAAUAGUUUAAUUUGCAAACUUCUGUCUAGCAAGCUCUUUCUUAUAAAAGGCUGCCCUUCAAGAGGGAUUUGAAAGGGAUUUGAAAGGCCCUGCAAAUUCAGGCAGAACCCAGAGUACACGUAUUCUGUACAGCCUAUAAUCCGGGUAGUUUCUAUGGGUAAAGAAGUGUGGGAAAGGAAAAGAAAUAAGGGAUAAAAGAUUUGGGAGGAUAAAGUACAGAGAGGAAAAAGCCAGCUAUCAAAAAGUGAAUCACAGCCAGGCUUUGCAGCACCACCUUUAACCCUAGCACUCGUGAGGCAGAGGCAGGCAGAUCUGUAUGAGACUGAGGUCUCCAUAGUGAGUUCCAGGCUAGUCAGGGCUUAUAGAGUAAGACCCUGUCUCAAAAAAAAAAAAAAAAAAGGGCAGGAAUUUAGGAAGACCCAUUUCUCAAUUACUAGGAUCACCCAGUGAAGGACUAUCCAAUUCAUAGCAAUUUGAACCUUAUUUCCAGGGAAAAAGACUUUUUUACUUGCUAAAUAAAUCUUGCCAAAAGAUAAGUCUAUUCCUUACAUUCAUUCCUAUAUACACUGAAAAAAAAAAUACAUAGCCAGGACUUGCCAGGAAUUUGGACAGCUCACUUCCAAAUUAACUUACCUGGGAAGCUGUGAUGGGAAGGAAGGAGCUUGGGCACUGGAAGCUUUGUCUCCAUAACAAGAAUACAGUCAGCGUAGACUGUUGGUCUGUGAGCCCUACACGGCUGAACCUGGGACUCUUGCUAAGAGCCGGUGCCUGAAGAAGAUCACUUAUUGCUUCCAGACACAGCAUACUGACCAGUAUGGCUUCAGUGUUUAUUUCUCACAGUUCAGGAGGCUGACAAAAGCAACACAGAUCCAGGGUCCUUUUGACUUGUGGACAAGUGCUUUCUGUGUCUUCCUAUGGUAGAGAAACCACCUUGUCUCUUACAAGAACACUCAUCCCAUUCAGAAGGGCUCCAUAACCAAACAGCCACCCAAAGAUCUCGUUUCCAAUACCAUCAUCUGGGGGGUUAGGGUUAGACAUGGGGAUUUGGAGGGAACCAAACCUGUUCAUGGCAUAGUGUAUAUAAAUAAUUCAUAGUAACAACUUUGGAGUGAAUUGUAUCCUAAAGAUGCUGCUGGUGAUAAGGAAAAUCAGAAAUUCUGGGAUGGGUUGAUAGAGACCUCAGAGAUUGCCAGAUUUCUAGCUCUCCUGUCAUUUUUAGCAGUUUUCUGUUUGGAUCAAUAACAUUUGUGACCAAAGACACUAAGUGUUGUGUGUUAGAUCAAUAAUGUAGUACAAAAAAGUAACCUGAUAUUCCUUAUUUGUCUCUAAUAAAGGCUGAAAACCCUUUCUCAAG